AUGAUCAACAAAAUAAAAUCAUCAACUGUUUUUAGACGUGGUCAGCAAGUAACAAAACCAGCUCGUCAUUUUCUAAGCAAAUUUAUUAACGAUUGGUCAUUCAAUUUUGCAGCAAUGCUUGCAUUUAAUUUAUUAAUUGCUCUUCUUCCCAUUGCUGUAGCAUUAUUUGGAAUAUUAGGCUUAAUUUUAAGAAACUAUUCCGAUACAGAACAGAAAAUUAAGGAUGCAAUCGUUAAUUCAUUUUCCACCGAUAAUAUCACACAAGUUAGCAUCAAACAGAUAGUUGAUUUGGCUUUUGUUCAAUUAUCACAAGAGGCUGGUGGAGUUUUAGUUAUUGGUAUUAUUUUUGCAAUAUUUGGUUCAUCUCGAUUGUUUGUUGCUAUUGAUAAUUGUAUGUCAAUUAUCUAUCGAUUACCCGAACGGUCAUUGCUUCGUGAAAAUAUGUUAGCUUUUGGAAUGCUUUUUAUUUUCAUCAUACUUGUUCCCAUAAUGCUUGCAAUUAGUUCAGCUCCAUCUGUGUUAAUACAUGUAUUGCCAGGCGCCUCUGGUCGUUUUGGAACAUUUAUUGCUGGAAUUAUACUUUCAUUAAGUGCAGCAUUUAUUCUAUUUGAAAUUAUGUAUUGGUUAAUACCCAAUAAAAAAAUGUCAUUUAAGGUCACAUGGUGUGGAGCACUUGUUUCUGCUUGUACACUUGAACUAUUUAUCAUUUUGUUUCCAUUAUUUGUACGACAAUCUAUGGGCAAUUAUAAAGGUCAAGUUGGUUGUGCUAUUAUUCUUCUUCUAUUCUUCUAUUAUUUUGCUACAAUAAUCAUUUUAGGCGCUCAAAUAAAUGCUUUCUUUUUUGACCAUUAUCAACCAUUAAUCGAUGGAUUAGGCACAUAUUUAAGUCAAAUGCACGACAAGUUUGGUGUUGACAAUUCAAAAAGACGAUUAUCUGAUGAGAAUACUGAACCAUGA